AUGGCUGCACGCAUCAUCCCAGCACUGACGCUUACCGCUCCGACCAGCUAUCCUACGGCCGGAGUUGGCGGCUACUACUACGAUACGGCCUUCGGCGUCCCAACCUACAGCAGCGCUGCUUUCAAUCAAACCACCUGGCGUCUCCUCGACAAUUGGGAUCACAUCAAUGUCAACUAUGCCUCGAGCGAAGGACUGGCGGCUGGCUUGGGCUGGGCGACCUUGAUCUACCUCCUUGCUCUCACCCCGAGCCACAAGAGAACCACACCUUUCCACUGCUUCCUCCUCGUCGGUCUGAUCUUCUUGCUCGGCCAUCUCAUGGUGAACAUCAUUGCGGCUCUGACUCCCGGUCUGAACACUACCUCUGCUUACACCUACGUUACGCUCGACACCAGCUCCAGUGUCUGGCCGCGAAAGUACAUCGCAGUCUAUGCCGUCAACGCAGUUGCAUCCUGGUUUGCUUUCAUUUUCGCAACCAUUUGCCUCUGGUUGCAGGCCAAGGGCUUGAUGACCGGCAUCCGGGUUCGAUUCAUCAUCGUCUACAAGAUCAUUCUCAUGUAUCUCAUCGUGGCAGCCGUCAUUGCUCUCGCAAUCUGCAUGGCCUUCAACAUCCAGCAGAUCUUGUACAUUGGCAAACCCGUUGAGCUGGCCGAUGGCACGGCCUUGCUUCGUCUUCGGAACGCAUACCUGAUCACCUAUGCAAUCAGCAUUGGCAGCUUUUCGUUGGUCUCGAUCUGCUCGAUCAUGGACAUCAUCUGGCGCCGCCCUUCCAGAGUCAUUAAGGGUCACAACAUCUUUGCUUCAGCACUGAAUCUGGUCGGUCUGCUGUGUGCACAGUCUUUUGUCGUGCCAUGUGAGUACAAGCGAGCCCUGGGCCAGGUUCCUGAUUGCACGACUUUUGCUGAUCACAUCUUCCACACAGUCAUCUUCUGCAUCUUGCAGGUCAUUCCCAACAGCAGCGGAGUGAUGCUCCCGGAGAUCAUGCUCUUGCCUUCUGUCUAUGUUAUUCUCCCACUUGGCUCGCUGUUCAUGACAGUCAACUCUCCUGAGUCCGACGUCAACAAGACCUCAUUUCCCCCAAAGUCCAGUCCCGGCCCGUUCGACCGCUCCCCAACCCUCACUAGUGGUACCCUCCCUGGCUCUCGCCCGGAGUCCUAUGUCCUUGACAUGGCCUCGGACAAGAACAGUGGCAACCGCAAGUCAGUUUGUAGCCAAUUCGAUCGUGAGCUCAACCUCAUCGACUCUCUGGAUACUCUCUCCGGACGUGAGGGGGACUCCAUGCUACAUGCACAGAGCAACAACAACAACCAGACUCGCGAGCAGGACAAGCAGCCCCGUGCAGACACCACUCAUGUCGGUUCCGAGAAUAUGGUCUAA